GCCCGGCCCCUCGCCCCGCCGCGCUGCUGGGCACGGGCACCGCCACCGGCCCCGCACCGGCCCCGGGCCUCGCUGCGGGCCUCGGCUCCCGGACGCACCGACAGCAUGGGCGGAGAGGCGGCGGCCGCGCUGGCCGUGGGUGUGCUGCUCGCUGCAUGCCAUGCGCUGGAGAACACCACAGCAGACCGGAGCGCUCCGGGCCUGCCGGUGGCAGCAGCAGUGAGGUCCCACUUCAACGACUGUCCCGACUCUCACAGCCAGUUCUGCUUCCAUGGGACCUGCCGGUUCCUGGUCCAGGAGGACAAGCCGGCGUGCGUGUGCCACUCGGGGUACGUGGGGACGCGGUGCGAGCACGCCGACCUCCUGGCCGUGGUGGCUGCUAACCAGAAGAAGCAGACCAUCACCGCCUUGGUGGUGGUGUCAGUGGUGGCCUCGGCGCUGCUCAUCGGGGUCUGCGUGCUCAUACACUGUUGCCGCCUGCGGAAGCACUGCCAAUGGUGCCGGGCACCCGGGGGAAGCCAGGAGAAGCCGGGUGGGCUUCUGAAAGGGGGAACCUCCUGUUGCCACAGUGAGAUGGGUAAGGGGACCGCGGGGCACCACGGUGGGACACCGGCUGCUGGUGUGUAACCGCGCUCGCCAUCCCCUUCCCCGCAGGGGUCUGAUGGAGCCCCUCGCCCAGGACAGCCCUCGCCGGGGACCAGCGCAGCAUCUCCUCUCUGGUUUCCCCUCUUUCUUUCUUGGUUGGUUGGUUGGUUUUCCCCCCCUUUUUUUUGCCUUUAUUCCCCCUUUUCCCCACCAUGG